AUGACCGACCGAACACAAGAUAAGACUCAUGAGACCGUGGGCGACGUGAAAUCUGCUUUGAAAGGUGUCAAGGGCCUGGGGGACACUAUCCGCGGCUCGGUCAACCAGUCAAUCGAUACCGCCUUCAAUGACCGGGAAGGAGAACUCAAAAACAAAGCGGUCAAGGAGAAGGGAGAAGCAGACAUAUAUCAGGCUGACCAACGUCUUGGAGAAACAUCCAAUGCAAGAACGACAAACCCCGUGGGAGGCACAACCACCGGCGCAGGUGCGCAUUCCGGAGGUGUGGGCAACAUGACCAGUACUGUACCGCAGAGGGGUCUUGGUGGUGAACCUACGACUACCAGGGAGAGGUUCUGA